CUUUGCUUUUAUCUACAUCUCAUUUCUUGUUUCAUAUGCUUCUCUACAUUUCUCAUCUUCAUCAUACCAUUUUGGUUUUUUGAAGAAGCACUCAGAAGAUUAGGGACUACACCAACUACUGUUUUAAAGAUGUCUAUUGAUGGAGAGGGGAGUUUGGGGAAAUCUUACCACAGUUCUUUUGCGACUAAAAAAUUUAGGUUCGAAGUUGGUGAUGCUACUUUAAUAGCUCCAGAUGAUGUAAAUGAAAAGCCUAAAAUUGCAAUUAUCAAGCAAAUAACAGAAGACAGUGAUGGGGAAUUCACGUUUAUGUGCCAGUACUUGUAUCGCCCGGAGGAUGUAUCAGAUAGACGUGGGGGAGUCUGGGAGCGGUAUGAUGACAGGGAGCUCUUUUACAGUUUUCAUGAAGAAGAGGUUCCCAGUAUGUGUUUAAUGCAUACUUGUAUAGUGCAUUUCGUUCCGUCAGUGGAUAAAAUACCUGUCCGUACACAGAAUCCCGGGUUUAUUGUCCUACGGGUUUAUGAUCACGAAGAACAAGUACUGUGGUGGAUAGUGGACAGAGAUUUUGAGAAGCAUAAACAGGUUGAAAUUGAUCAUCGUCUGCUAAAAACUCAACAACUGUUGGGAUAUGAUGAUACUGAGAUGGAAGGGGAGAAAGCCGGAAAUGAUUUGGAGGAUGGUGAGAUUAUGGAAGAGGAAGUAGACGAUAAUCAACCACAUCUACCUGUAGACGAUACUUCUGUUGAUAUGGAUGCAAUUUUGGCUAAAGCACUUACAGGAGAUGAUGUGAGAGAUAAAUGCUUGGAACUGCUUUUCGAGGAAAUAAACUGUAUUUCCUACAGAUCAUCCAGAGAUCACCACCCAAAAGUUGUAAUGCCCGCGUUAGUUGCGCUAGAGAAGGCUUGUUUUAGUACUCGGGGUGAGAAUUUGGCUAAGUAUCAGCAAAAAAUGCGUCAGUUGCGUUUUAAUAUGAAGAAUACUGUUGAAUUAGCUAGACGUUUGAUCGAUGGAGAGUUGAAAGCUUCAGCAGUUGUGGAGAUGACAGCGGAGGAAUUGAGGAGAGGACGUCUGGCAACAGAAGAGAAGCCAGCUAGAGAAGAACCGGAGGAGCAACAUAUGGAUAUGGCAGACAUUCCAUGCCCAAGGUGCAGCGAGAAGAGAGUGGCUCUGCAAAGCAACAUCCUCAAAGCAAACCGUGUUGCUGGUUAUAAGUUGGAAUGCUUGAAAUGCGGUAACACUUGGUUCUCUCCCAGUAUAUGAGUACGAGGAUAUGAGCAUAGUAGAUAUACAGAUACGAUAUUAGUUAUAGACUUAUAGUUUCGGUGACACUAGCACUUUUUGGUUUCAGUUUUAAGUUUUCUGACUCGAGAUAGAACUACUACUAUACAGAUAUUGGUGCUUCGCAGUUUAGACGAUUUAUAGCUUUCAUCACAAUGUUAUAUAUGCUGUAGGUGCGAUUGCUUUACCUUGUGGUUUUGGUUUUAAACUAUGCUUAUGUCUCGAACCUGCACCCUCAUAUGUUUACCUUACUUACCACUUACCAGUGUAUGAUGUGCCUUACAUGAAUAUGACCUAAUUGUCUAAUUAUUUUGGGGAUACAAUCUGUUUCUAAGUUUUAACUUUGUUUAUGUAUUUUAAUUGCUACA